AUUAUUUAAAAGAUGGCGACUAUCUGAUUGUAUUUUCUUUGUUUACUGCAAUUAAGUUAAUAAUAAUAACUUAACAUCUCAUGUCACCUCAUAUAAUGUGAAUAUAUGAAAAUGGUGGCUUUUAGUUAUUAAGUUGCGCAUGGUUUAUUAUUUAAAUAAAGCAUUAAAAUCAGAAUAAUGCAUGUUGCUAGGUAGCAAACUCUACAUAAUCCUCGACAGUGUCGAUAGUCGAUAGCAGUCUCCUUUGCAAUCCAUUCGCCAUUCACCAUUGUCCAUUGCAUAGCUGAUACUACUGAUAGCUGUAGCUGCAAAAUUCAUAAUCAUAAUAAUAGUACUUUUAGUAGCCUAUGCCUAAGUCCUGUAAGAGUACUUCACUUCACUAGGAGGGACUAAAAGUGAGUGGCUUAUUUCUUCUUCUUAUGUCUUAUGGUCAAUAAUUAAUUAGACUUAGUUUAGUGUCUUUAAGUUUAAGAGUAAGACUGUCACAAAUUUUAAUUACUAGUAAUUAGUCUUAAUACUUUUACUAGACUUAGAUUGAUGUUACUGAUUAGUUACUAGUAGUAGUAAACUAGGUAAUCCUCUGAAUGCUGAUUCUAAAUGUCAUAUAGUAUACUUUUUGUUAGAAAGUGACAGGAAACUUAGCGCCAUACCAUCAAUGAUUGGUGAUGUAAUUGUUAACUUCUUUGAUGAUUCUGAAUAAAUGGAGCUGUCUUGCAGAUUAAUUGCUUGUAGUUUGUAGUAAUAUAAAAUUAACAAAAUACCGGUACCAUGGCCUGCAUACCGUACGCACCAGUUCAUAUAGCAAAUAAUGCUAUAGUUGUUAUGUCAAGAAACAUUCUGCAAACUUAUGACACAAAGCUGAAGUCAGAAGGCACUGUAUGAUAGCAUGCUUUGGUUAGUGUGGCCUGCUGAACACCGACUAAUGCAAAACAGCAAUGACUGUGGUAACUGUCCACAUCCCAUUUCUUUACUUCGACUUGCUGAGUCACCUGAUGGUUACUCAUGGAAAUGCCAACUGUGAAAUAUGAGAUGCAUCGGGUCAUUUUUUUGCACACCAAAAAUCAUGAUGAUGAUAUUCCAUUGGGUUUACAAAGUGAAAUGCAAGUAUAUCAUGCUUUUUGAAAGCAUUGAAAGUUGAGACACCAUUGUCAAACUGCAACAACUUUUUCCGAAUAGAGCGUCCCAAAAGGUGUCAAGUCCAACUAGUUCAUCUUUAAGGCUUCGAUGGAACCUAUUUACAUGAGCUCGACAAAAUAUAUUAUUUUCAUUGGAAAUAUGUUCAUGGUUGUCUCUGACAUGGCUCUUGGGUUGUUGGAAUUUUUUAACAUGUUAAUUGUCAAUGUUAUUUGGAAAUCAUAGCGCAAAGAAUAAUGGAGAUGAUUGAUGACUGUGAACUCUUAGUAAUCAAGUAUGAGUGCAUGGAAUUUUGGAGUGAUAAAGGGAGACAACGAUUUUAGUAAGUACAAAAUAUCACUUUAGUUUAGUUUUUUCUUGCUAUUUUGCAAUUAAUAAAUUGCAAAAUAGCAAGAAAAUCUAAACUAAUGUGAUAUUUUGUACUUUUUUUCUUCUCUCAUCUAAUUUUCUAAUAAGGAAAAGAAGUUUAUUUGUGAUAAAUUUUGCGGAAUGCAAAAUUUAACUUGAUGGACCGUGACUUCCCAUGCCUUAUCUAUAUUAAAGUCUAUGAUAAAAUAAACAAUAGAUCAAUAGGUUUAUGCUGAGGGCCUAGAAAAUUCAGACUAGUUAAAAAAUGUUAAUAUUUUUAAUUUUUAACAAAGUUUUUAUUACAUAGAUUAAAAUUCAAUUUUUUAGUUUUAAUUUCGAGCAAUAAAAGCGUACUAUUUUAUUAUUCUUAAACAAAAUCUGAUUGAAUCGGAUUGAUUUAUUUCUAACUAAUAUAAUGUGAUGAUAGCUGCCAAACUUAGUCAAAUACAGUAUUCAGGAUAAUCCUUUGACUUCAGUAAUGAGAUUACUAUAUCAAAUUGCUACAUCAAAAUUAGAAAAUAUUCAUGUAUUCAGCAUGCAGAUUGGUAUGGUAAUGAAAAUAUUUAUUGUAUAUAUUUCAGAUAUUUAGCUUAACAUCAUUAAGGAAGAAUUCUUAGGUAGCAAAAUGAGGACCAUCUCCAAGUUUCUGUGCAUGGUACUAGUAUCUCUUUUUGAGAUUACAUUAUCAUCUAGUAAGUAUACAAUAACAUCAGCAAGUCAGUUAAUAUUGAAAGGCUGUGAUUUAUAUUAUUUAAAAAGUAGUAUCACCUCAUGUUCCAAUUAAAAUAUUCAACAUCCCGUUUUUAUCACUUCCCACUUAUUAGAAUAUGAUAAGAUUAUCCGUUGGUUACCCUAAAAGUUUCAGGCUUUCAAGAUUUGAAAUUGUAUGACUUUAUAUUAGUACCGGUAUUGACUUGCAAUAAAGCCUACUAUUUUUUUUUUGUUACAGACGACCAGAGGUGCGCAUCAGUGUCUCCAAUAGAAAACGGCAGUUAUGAACAUGAAAUAAUCACCAAUACACUGCACUAUUCAUGUGAUUUAGGCUAUCAGCUAGAAGGUUCUAGUAAAAUGAUAUGCAUAAAUGGCACAUGGUCUCCUGCAGAUCUGCCCACAUGCGUGCAGAUCACCCAUGACUUUCUCUGUGCGAUGGAACCAUACAUUCCCAAUGGAAAAUUAGAGUACAAUCCUGAUGCAUCGCUUAGAAGCAAAAGUUCUUUGGGAACUGUCACUUGUGAUCCCGGUUUUUCCAGUGAUGACACAUUUCAGACCAGUUUUGUCAUUGUGUGUGGCCCGCAUGGAAUUUGGACCAUGCCAGAUGGGAACAUUCGACUCACAUCAUGUACCAGUAAGAAAAUUUCACAGUUUAUCUCGUAGGGUAAUGCUUGUCAAGUCCAAGUCAGAAUAUUUGAAUAAUAAUUUAAAUAUCUGGACUAAGUGAGGUAUAAAUAUUUAAGUGAUUUUGUAAUUGUUUUACCUUUUGGGUUAGUCUUCAGAUUCUGGUUCCAUUUUUAAUGAAGUUUUUAUAAAAGUUGUUAAUAUGCACCUUUAAGAACAGUUUAUCAAGUUUGCUUCAGAAACCAUAACAUGGAUAAGUUAUAAAGCACAUUAUAUUGUUACGCUAUAAAGGUCAUAAUAUGGUUAGUUUAUAAUGCACAUAAUAUAAGCUUGUAAGCUUGACUAAAAGAAAAAAAGGUUAUAGAGCCAGACAAAUGCAGCGUGAUAUUUAGUUUACCACACUAUCGCUUCAACAAGGUCAUAGUUGUCAAGAUUUGUUUCAACAUGGUCAUAUUUGUUAGGAUUUAUUUCAACAUGGUCAUAUUUGUUAGGAUUUGUUUCAACAUGGUCAUAUUUAUUAGGAUUUAUUUCAACAUGGUCCUAUUUGUUAGGAUUUGUUUCAACAUGUUCAUAUUUGUUAGGAUUUGUUUCAACAUGGUCAUAUUUGUUAGGAUUUGUUUCAACAUGGUCAUACUUGUUAGGAUUUGUUUCAAUAAGGUCAUACUUGUUAGGAUUUGUUUCAACAUGGUCAUAUUUGUUAGGAUUUGUUUCAAUAGGGUCAUAAUUGUCAGCAUUUGUUUCAACAUGGUCAUACUUGUUAGGAUUUGUUUCAAUAGGGUCAUAAUUGUCAGCAUUUGUUUCAACUUGGUGAUAUAAUUUGUUUCUUGCCAAUUAUCGUUACUUUACCCCAGAUUCAGCCCAUUGAUUCUAUUACAGGGAAGUAUUGCCCAACACCACCAGAUAUUCCUAAAGCCUUACGCAGAUAUGAGCCUUACAGUACAGUCAUGUCAGAUGGAUUUGUAGCAGAGUACAUAUGCUCCAGUGGCUAUUCUCUUGUUGGCUCUGCAUCUACAGCCCGACUUGUGUGCCGCAAUGGCCAGUGGGAAGGACCUACACCAACUUGUGGUAAAUAACAUAACAAUCUAAAAUAGAAGUAUUGGUUUUAGUAAAUAGCGGUUCAAAAUUAUUUUUUUAUUUAAAGGAUGUUACUCAUGGAAAGAUUGAUGGCUAUUAUUUGUUACAACGUUUUGAAUAUAUCACACAUUUUUUGUGGUUAUAUCACGUCAGUUCCAAGUGCCACAACUAUUUUAUCCCUUUUUAUCUUUUUUUUACCCUCGAAGUUUUAAAGGAAGUGUGUGGCGCACCGUCAUACAUCCAGUACGGCAACUGGAACUUGAUCACCAAGAGUAAGCAAGACAUCUCCCUGGCUUAUGAACAAGGGGAAGUUAGUUACUCCAAGUAUGCAGUGGGGGCUGAGGUAGAGUACACCUGUCAGGCUGGCUACAAGUUGGUAGGCGCAAGAGUCUUACGGUGCCUCUCUAGCCAGGAGUGGUCAAAUGCAGCUCCAUUAUGCAUACCUGUCACAGGUAUGUUUAUGAGCUUAAAGUUGUAUUUUGAAUAUGUAAUUUUUACGCUGCACCUGUCUAUAACAGUGUUUCUUCCUCCCUGACACCCACUGUCUAUCGGGGUGCCCAUCAUCUGAUGGUGUGGGAGGCUCGUUCAGCAGGCCUAGCAAUCUUAACUCCCUUACCUAACAACUACUAAAUUUUACUGCUAUUCUGACAUUCUUUUCUUUUUAAUGGAAUCCAAAUGUUUUUAUCUGUUUUUUUUAAUAAACAAGUUAAAAGAGUUAGAAGUUCAGUGUGGUUUUCGAAGCUCUUGAGAAAUCCCUUGCAAGCUUAGUAGAAUCUAUUUAACAAUUGUAUUUUUAAUCGAUGGUUGUUGCAGCAACUGUUGAUUUGCUUUUACUUAAGAGUUUUUGUUUUAUAUAACAUGCCAUAUUAUUGAUGGGUUGAUUUAAUUUCUGACCCAGAGCAAACCUGGUACUGCCCUGAUGUUGGUCAGAUCAAGAAUGGCUUCUGUAAAUGUAUGGGUGAGGAUACUGCCGACCUCCUGCUGUGCAGACCAUUCCGCCGGGGCAUCAAGAUUGAGUGCACCUGUCUGCAAGGUUACAAGCUCCAAGGUGUGGAUGUCCUUACCUGUACGCACAGCUCCAGCCUUAACAUUGGUGUGUGGGACUGGGACCUACCCAGAUGUUGUAAGUAGUUAAGUAGGCCAUGUCUUAACAUUGGUGUGUGGCACUGGUAUUUACCCAGAUGUUGAAAGUAGUUAAGUAGGCCAUGGCUUAACAUUGGUGUGUGGGACUGGGAUCUACCCAUAUGUAAAUAGGUCAAGGUAUAAUAUUGGUUUGUGGGACUGAGACGUACCCAGAUGUUGUAAAUAGGUCAUGCCUUAACAUUGAUGUGUGGGAUAAGGACCUGUCCAGAUGUAAGUAGGUGAAGGCAUGGACUGGGACCUACCCAGGUGUUGUAAAUAGUUCAUAGCUUAGAAGUCAGAUGUGAAAAAUCUAGGUCCCUGGUAUGUUGAAGAAAAUCAGGAUCUGGUUUAUACGAUGCCUGUGGGAUAAUGACGCCAAUCACAUAUGUGAAUGGCACAGCAAACAUGGACAUUAAAAAGCCCUCAGUAAAUCUAAUUAUACCUAGGAUGGUAUGUUGAUAAAAUUACUGCUGUGAGGUUAAUGUUACAUUCAGAUUUCUCACCCACUUUCAGAUCCUGACAGUGACGUAGACUUGAUACCUGAUGGCCACAAUGAUGGGAAGUCAUACAGUUCUGGAGACAUAAGUGAUGGGAAAAACAAGGUAGGGUGGGGGAGGAGAACAAUGUACGGUGGGGAGAAAGUGCAUCAAUAUUUUCAAAACUCAGCAAUACCAUAAAACAAAUCAUCGUGUGGCACCUCGGGUAGACAGAACAUGUCAACAUCAGGUUUGGCUCAUCUCAUUGAGGAUAUCUUUUGACUACAACCCUCCCCUGUUUUGCUGCUGAAAUCCACAAAGUUCAAUGCUGCGGGAGCAAUCCCUGACACAGAGAUUCAGAGAUUGAGUCACUUAGAGUUUGUGACAUAAGUCUCAAUGAAAUUGAUGCAGCUCAUGCAAGGCCUCUUGUACCAAGCAGUGUCUACCAUUUACUGUGUUCUUGGGGCAACCAGCUGUGGGGAGAGGGGGAAUCUGUUGACUGGGAAACGGCUGAUUCUGCAUAAAAACACUUCUCAGGAAGCGACUGAAGCCAAUAUUGCAAAUUAGCAAGGGAAACUUCUCUCUGAGAGCGACACAGGCCAAUGUUGUAAAUUAGCAAGGGUACAUUUGAGAGUGAUGGAGACCUAUGUUGUAAAUUAGUAUGGGUAAACUUCUCACAGAGAGUGACGGAGACCUAUGUUGUAAAUUAGUAUGGCUAAACUUCUCACAGAGAGUGACAGAGACCUAUGUUGUAAAUUAGUAUGGGUUGUUUGUAAUUCAGCAUUGUAUGUUGAAAUGGAAAGUUGUGUUUACUUGAACAAUGUAUGAAUAUCUUUACUCCAGGAGUCAUCUCUUGUAAUUGUGGUGACUACAGCUUGCAGUGUUCUUGGCGUCCUGCUCCUCAUAAUGGUCAUAGUGGUCAUCAGAAGAAAGAAGCCCAGGGCCCAUCUGUUCCAACAAGGCCCCACCCCUCCUCCAUAUGCAAGAGUACAUAAUAAUUCAUUAGGUAAGUCCCAGUCUGUCCAAUGUCAAAGUAGGUUUAGGUAAGUCGUUGCCUGUCCAUUGUCAAAGAAGGUUUAGGUAAGUCCCUCCCUGUCCAAUGUCACCGUAGGUUUAGGUAAGUCCCUCCCUGUCCAAUGUCAAAGUAGGUAACUUGUGUCCCAGUCUGUGAAGAGAAUAAAUUAGACUUGUCUCAUAGAUAUGUUCUAUUUAUAUUUAUAACUGUCUAAAGUUCCCUACAUAUGUUUGAUGUCCACGUUAUAUUUUUUUUUUCUUUUUGCUAAUUUUUAUGUGAAGCGCAGUGAGCUUAGCCCAAUGGUUGGCAAAUCACAGCCAGCUGAAUGCGGCUCGGCCAAUUAGCCACAAAUCGGUUUUGACUCCCAAAAUCAUGGUUCUUGACAGGUUCUUGAAAAGAAAUUUGGCGCUCAAAUUUGUUAAAAUCAUCCUAAUGCUGAUUUUUGGCUCUUUUGACAAAUGAGUUUUCCAACCACUGGCUUAGCCCUAGGCUGGGGUACCGCACUAUAUAAGACCACUUUAAUUAAUAAUAAGAAUAUGUCUAAUGCCCACUAUAUGUGUCCAAUGUCCACUACGUCUGUUUAAUGUCCACCAUAUCACUACAUUUGUGAAGUGCUGGUAACCCAAUGUUUGCGGUUUGUUUCCAACCAGAUGAACAUGACAGAAUGGCCCUGAUGGCCUACGCCAAUGCCUCUGGUAUCCACCUCCCAUCUUAUGAAGAAGCUGUGAGGCCUGGCGGCGCAAACACACCCUUGGGUGUUGGGGCUCCGGGCCUGGGCCACGCCGCCAGCCCCACCGGCUCCGAGUACCACAGACUCCACCAAGCUGCCACCAGGACGACCAAUCUCCACCAGCAGAACGUCGGUGGCGAUGGCAACAACAACAUAAACAACAACAAUAAUAACAAUAGCAACCGUCACUCAACCGUUACCACCAGCACCAUGAAUCGUGACGGUGUGUCUGAAAUGUUUGGCUCAAUGGAUACUGUCAAUGUCAGUAUGAGUGACGCUUCCACCUCUGUCACAGUGGAGACGUUUGACUCGGGCACAUCCACAAGAUCUAUGGCAUCCCAGAGGGCAACUGCAGGCAGUUUGAACUCAUCAGAUGACCAGCUGGCAAACGUAAAUGAUGGUAAAAAACUUUAUUUUUUUGGUCAAAAGAGACUAUUGUAGGCAUGUUUGACAGUGAAGUUAUUAUAGAGACUAUUGUAGGCAUGUUUGACAGUGAAGUUAUUAUAGAGACUAUUGCAGACAUGUUUGACAGUGAAGUUAUUAUAGAGACUAUUGUAGACAUGUUUGACAGUGAAGUUAUUAUAGAGACUAUUGCAGACAUGUUUGACAGUGAAGUUAUUAUAGAGACUAUUGUAGACAUGUUUGACAGUGAAGUUAUUAUAGAGACUAUUGUAGACAUGUUUGACAGUGAAGUUAUUAAAGAGACUAUUGCAGGCAUGUUUGACAGUGAAGUUAUUAUAGAGACUAUUGUAGACAUGUUUGACAGUGAAGUUAUUAAAGAGACUAUUGCAGGCAUGUUUGACAGUGAAGUUAUUAUAGAGACUAUUGCAGACAUGUUUGACAGUGAAGUUAUUAUAGAGACUAUUGUAGACAUGUUUGACAGUGAAGUUAUUAAAGAGACUAUUGCAGACAUGUUUGACAGUGAAGUUAUUAUAGAGACUAUUGUGAAGUGGCAGUGAAGUGAUGAAAAUUCUGUUUAUAUUUGACACUUUCCUUUUUUUCUGUGCACAGAUGCCCCUCUAUUAGACUCCAGUUCUCAAAGAGAGAUGGAUGUGGUCAGUAUGAGUUCCAAUCCUAGUCGGUCAAGCAAAGAAGAUCCAUGAGGUCAUAUGACCUUAAUGAACUUUAUUUCUAGUGGCCAUCAGACACUUGAUGGACAUUUAGUAGGUACACAGUGUUUGAGCGGAAAUUCAAUAAGGACACAGUGUUAGUGUGGAAAUUAAAUAGGGACAAAGUUGAGGGGAAAUUAAACAGGGAUACAGUGUUAGAGUGGAAAUUCAAUAGGGACACAAUGUUAGAGAAUUUUUGUACAGUUGAUGAUUGCAGCCAGUACAAGUUAUUUCAGAAGCCAGAUUUAUUGCUGUGCCCACUUGCAUCCAUGGACGGUUGUGCCCACUUGCAUCCAUGGAUGGAUUUAAUUUUUAGCACGCAUUGCCAAAUUAUUUAUCCCAAACAGUUUUAAUUUUAAUGCAGUGGCCUCAUAUUUUAAGAUGGGCAUUGCGUGUGAACAUGUAAGAAAGGAAGGAAGCUCAAAAUUCCUGCAGCUUUUACAAAGUUGACGGCUGUGUCCCAUUUAAGAAUGUUCCACACCUCUAGAGCUUACAAAACGUAACUAUCUUAGAUGUGUAUGCAAUGUGUUUCUAAUGUUUUGAACGAACAGCUGAUCAGCGUUUGAAACAUGUCAGUGUUGCACUGUAGUCAACACUACAACAGACUAUUAGUUUUGGCUGUGGUCACCAGUACAACAAACUAGGCCGUGAUAUCUAUAUCAUUUGCUGAACUCUUUUUUUUUAUCCUGGCUGUGAAAAUUAAUUAACCACCUGAGUUGACUACUUACAGAUUGUGAACAAUAAUUAACUACCUGGGUUGACAACCUACAGAAUCUGAACAUAUAAUGUACAUGUUAUCAUGAUAUGUUUAUGUAAUACACACUUAUAAUAAGAUUAAUUCAUCUAGAAACAAAGCUGUCAGGCUAGCCACAGAAGUAACUCUGGCAAAGUUUGUAAAGAACAAAAAAUGGUCAGACCGUUGAGUCAUGAUUUUAAAUUGUGGUACUCAUUGAAACAGAGAUGUAUCUCAUGGGUCCAAACGCCCUCCACAUACCUGUGUUGUUUCAUUCCACAAAUAAUGCUAGGUAAACAAAUAGUGGCGUAACAUGUGAUUUUUUUUUUUUACUGCAGCCUGUGUGAGAAAUGAUAGAUUUUCUAUUUGGUUAAGUGUUAGAGAAAUUUGAGUUGAUUAUGUUUGGACAGCCUUAGCGUAGUGGUAAAACUGGAGUUGAUCCUGUCUGGACAGGUGUAGGGUAGUGGUAAAACUGGAGUUGAUCAUGUCUGGACAGGUGUAGGGUAGUGGUAAAACUGGAGUUGGUCAUAUCUGGACAGGUGUAGGGUAGUGGUAAAAUUGAAGCUGAUUAUGUUUGGAGAGCCAUAGAGUAGUGGUAAAACUUGACCUGAUUAUGUUUGGACAGCCAUAGAGUAGUGGUAAAACUGGAGCUGAUUAUGUUUGAACAGCCGUAGAGUAGUGGUAAAACUGGAGCUGAUUUUGUUUGGACAGCCGUAGGGUAGUGGUAAAACUGGAGCUGAUUAUGUCUGGACAGCCGUAGGGUAGUGGUAAAACUGGAGCUGAUUUUGUUUGGACAGCCGUAGAGUAGUGGUAAAACUGGAGUUGAUUAUGUCUGGACAGCCGUAGGGUAGUGGUAAAACUGGAGCUGAUUUUGUUUGGACAGCCGUAGAGUAGUGGUAAAACUGGAGCUGAUUAUGUCUGGACAGCCGUAGAGUAGUGGUAAAAUGGAGCUGAUUUUGUUUGGACAGCCGUAGAGUAGUGGUAAAACUGGAGCUGAUUAUGUCUAGACAGCCGUAGGGUAGUGGUAAAACUGGAGUUGAUCAUGUCUGGACAGGUGUAGAGUAGUGGUAAAACUGGAGUUGAUUAUGUCUUGGACAGCCUUAGGGUUGUGGUAAAACUGGAGUUGAUCAUGUCUGGACAGGUGUAGAGUAGUGAUAAAACUGGAGUUGGUCAUAUCUGGACAGGUGUAGGGUUGUGGUAAAACUGGAAUUGAUCAUGUCUGGACAGGUGUAGAGUAGUGAUAAAACUGGAGUUGGUCAUAUCUGGACAGGUGUAGGGUUGUGGUAAAACUGGAGUUGAUCAUGUCUGGACAGGUUAAUUAACUUGUGGUAGUGGUAAAUAAGUAGCACAUGGAAAAGCAAAAGGUCAUGCACCAAUAAACACAAGUGAACAAAACAAUAACUGAUCUGAUGCUGUGGAUGGUGCAAGAAAAAUGUUUCAAAUGUUUCAUGUGCAAGUUGCCAGAAAUAGUGUUACGCCUGUUGGUGACUUAGAGAUGCUACAAGAAUUACAAAGCAGACACUGAGAGCCAUUGACACAAGUCCUCAAGUAGAAAAUACUGAACUGUUUGUUUCUUUUCCUUCCCAGGUUGUAUUUUUGUCCGGUUUUUUUAUUGUGGAAAUCAAUCGCAUCAGUUGAGUCUUUCCAGUGUGAGCAUCUGGUACAUCUUGUCUUGAGACCUGGGCAUCCGGUAAUCUUGUCUUGAAACCUGGGCAUCCGGUACAUCUUUCCUUUAGACCUAGGCAUCCAGUACAUCUUUCCUUUAGACCUGGGUAUCCGGUACAUCUUUCCUUUAGACCUAGGCAUCACAUGUUUGAAAAAAUAACAGCAACAACUUCUUUGGUUAAAUGUCUGAAAUGAUUUUCUCCUUAUUUAUAGCUGCAUUGCAGAUCUGAGGUUUACCUUUAUCGGGGAAUGAAAUGUGGGACCAUGCUAUUCUGAGAAACAAACAUUUAUUAGUAAUGCAGACCUGUUUACCCUCAAACUCUUAAAAUCGUACAAUAUCAUCACAAAAUCAAUCAAUACAUUAUCUUAAUAGUAAACUAAACAUCAGUAUAUAUAAUGUAUACACCUCAAAUCGUACAUUGUACGCCAAAAUCGUACGAGUAAACAGGUCUGGUAAUGAAUCACUUCAUUUCUCAGCCAACAGUAAUAGAGGUGUAAAAUUUAGCCAUAAUAAUGCUGGUGGAAAAUUUAACCAUAAUAAUGUUGGUAUAAAAUUUAACCAUAAUGAUGUUGAUUUGAUUUCAGAGCCAUAACAUCAGUGCUGGUGUAAAAUUUAACCAUAAUAAUGUUGGUGCAAAAUUUAGCCAUAACGAUGUUGAUUUUAUUUCAGAACCAUAUUUUUGUUUAGUGUGGCACAAGCAAAUGAAUUGAUUUACUGUGGUUCCUACCAAAGUGAUGUACAAGAUUAAUCUCUAAUAUUUGUUGUGACUAUUUAUCUUACAACAUUGGAACGGAUGAUUUUUUUGUUUGAAGUAGUGUGGUGAGAUAAAUGACCAUUGAACAAUUCAGCUUCUGAUUGUUGUAUUUCUGUCUCUACUUGUCUGGGGUUGUGUCCGAGGGCUGUAUCAGAGGGUUGUCAGAGGUUGUGCCCGAGGGCUGCGUCGUAUGGUUGUGUCCGAGGGCUGCAUCAGAGGGUUGUCAGUGGUUGUGUCCAAGGGCUGCGCAGAGGGUUGUCAGGGGUUGUGUCCAAGGGCUGCGUCAGAGAGUUGUCAGGGGUUGUGUCCGAGGGUUGUGUCCAAGAAUGCGUCAGAGGUUGUGUCCGAGGGCUGCGUCAGAGGGUUGUCAGGCCUUUCUAUAACAAUUGUUUGUAGUGAGGAUUUUAUUCUUAAUGUUUAAAUCAAUUUUGUAUUGCAAGCAUCAUAGAGAUGAGAUUGCAGGCAUGGAAUAGUGGCCAUGAGAUAGAUAGUAUCUGUUACUUACACAUGAAAUCAACAGGUCUGUUUGCUUGCCACACAACAAGCCAAAGCCACACAACACUUGCUCUGAGAAAGCCAUAGAUUUCUGUCAUGUACUACCACUCAUUUUUUUUCCCCCGUCUAUUUUUAGCUUUCAAAGAUGUUUGGCUGACAACUCUAACCCCAUUUCUUGUUCCUUCACCUCUGAUAUUAUUGGUGUACAUAUUGGAAAGAUUUAUGACCUGAAUUUUUGUGAGGUUUCGUUAUUUGUUAAUAACUGUUAGCAUCACUCAAAUCAAUCUUGAUUCUGGUAUGCAGUGAAAUCUUUAUGUGUGUCCAUGCUCUAUGAGGGUGUGUCCAUGCUGUAUACGAGUGUGUCCAUGCUGUAUACGAGUGUGUCCAUGUGUGUGACUGGCCAUGAUGUAUGAGUGUGUAAAUGCUGCAUGAGGGUGUGUCCAUGCUGUAUGUGAGUGUUUCCAUGCUGCAUGAGGGUGUGUCCAUGCUGUAUGUCAGUGGGUCCAUGCUGUAUGAGAGUGUGUUCAUGUGUGUGACUGUGUCCAUGCUGUAUGAGUGUGUCCAUGCUGUAUGAGUGUGUACAUGCCGUAUAUGACUGUGUCCAUGUUGUAUGAGGGUGUGUCCAUGUUGUAUGUGGGUGUGGCCAUGCUGUAUUUGGGAGUGGCCAUGUUGUAUGUCAGUGUGUCCAUGUUGCAUGUCAGUGUGUCCAUACUGUAUGUCCAUGUGCCCAUGCUGUGGGCAAAAAUCAAAAGGACAAAAAUUCAUAUUCCUUUCAUUCGGUUGAACAACUUAUGCACAUCAAACAUGUCAAAUAUACACUACCUUUUGACAUUCAUUCAAUUUUUGUUUGUAUAUGUAUGAUUAAGUAUGUGAAUGGUUUUAGUAUUAGUAACAUAAUUUAUAGAAUUAUUAGAAUGUGAAUGAUUUUUGUAUCAUUUUCUAUUGAAUGCAUGAGAAUGUCAACAGUUUAAGUAGCAACUGAGAAUAUGAAUGAGUUUUUUUUAAAGAAUUAUGUGUUUAAUGUAUGAGACAAGACCAGCAAAUCUAUAGGGCUAAUGUGACACAUUCUUGUCCUAUAAAAGC